AUGCAAACACAAACACCUAUGAGAACAAGAAAGGAAAUCAAGCAAUUCGGAGAAAGAAAUCUCUCAAAUGCUGUUAAUAAUGAUAUACUCAACAUCACAACUCAUGACAUUCCUCACAAUAUAAAUGUAUUAAAUAAUCAAAGUAUCCAGUAAUAAUCAAAUGGCGCGCUUAACCAUUAAGUCAGUGUUAACAGCGCAUUCAACUCAAUUAAUCACAAUAAUACCAACUCAAAUAACUCAAACUAUAUGAAUGGCACUCAAAACAAUAGAAAUGAAAAUUUCAUUCCCAAGAAAUCUCUAAGCCCUUCAUCAAUGAAUCCUCAAAACUCUACAAUGCCUAAAGGAUAAUACUUGAGUCAAUUUUAGACUCAUCAAGUUGGAAACAAUGGAAGUUAUUCUGGUCGAGCAAAGUAAAAGAAUAAGGUUCUACAAGAUCCAAUGUCAAUCAGUCUUAUUAUAUAAAUGCUAAAAGGCAAAAAGAAAGAAAGAGGGAAAAAAGCAUUGAUAAUACAGAGCAGAUAUUAACUCAGUAUAUAUAUAAAAAUCAAUGUCAUGGCUCAGGUCUAAAAGCAUUUUAAGAAUAUGAAUUCUAUUGGACCAGUGACAUAAACUUUGGUUGAAUGCUUAAAUAGAAUAUCUGUAAGAAAUAGAUCCAGUACGAAUGAAAAGGGUGUAAGAAGUUAGGAGAGACCACAUAAUCCUAUUGGAUCUCCUCAGCACUAGCAUCAUCAUCAUCACCACCCUUUGUCCUUUUCCAUUGACCUUACUCAUAACUAAAGCCCACCAAAUAAUCAAAAGCCCCAAUAAAAUUUAGGUUUCUAGUAAAAGUCGCCAACUAAUAAUUUCAUACCUUUAUCUUAGAGAGAUAACUUAUAAUCCAUAAACUAUCAUACGUUUUUAUCAUAAAACAGAAUGUCACAUAAUUUCUCAACAAUAGAUGAACUAUCUAAGAAAUUUGAAUUUCAACCAUCUAUGAAGCCCUUAUAAGGUCUAACAGAUGCAGAAAGAGAUAUUUGGGACGAGAUGAAAAGAACCAGAGAUUUUACAUAUUAUGGUAAGAAUGUGACUUUAGAUCAUAAACUUACUGUAUCUUAAAAAAUUGCCUUUCAGCUCGAGGAACAGCUUUAACUUGCAUAUGUUGAAAACAGAAAAUUAUCAAAAGAAUUAGAGGAAAGAAGGUAUGAAAUUAAUCAUCUUGAGGAUAAAGUCUAUGUACUUACUAAGAAAAUAGAACACAAAGAUUAAGCAAUAGAAUCUCUAUCAUUCAAAUUAGACAAUGAUCAUUCAAUGAUUGAGGACAGGCUUUAAAAUGCUAUAAGCGCAAAGCAAAAAGAUAUAGAUAUGCUAAAUGAAAGACUUAGAAAAUACCAAAAGCAUAAUGACGAAAUGGAAAAGGAAGUAGAGAGAUUGAAUUAGAUGAGACUUGAUUGGGAGUCAGAAAUAAACGAUCUAUUUCGUGAAAAAGAAAUAUUGAAAAGACAAUUAAAUGAGGCAGGAAGCAGGUUAGAAGAUGCAAUGAGUUAGCAAGUUGAAUACAAGCAGAUUAUCAGACAUAUGAGUACAAUAGCCUAGAGUGAUAAAGCCCAUAGCCUUCAAAAUAAAUCUCUUAAGACUGAGUCCACUUAUAAGAACAGAUCUAAGACAAUGAAGAAUUCUAAGGACGAGGAAUUAUAAGAGAAUAUCUUUGAUCAUUUAGAGGAGAUCAUUCCUAAUGAAGUCAAACUUGCUCAAGAAAAUUAAGCCUUAAAGAAUAAGUUAGAAAUGCUCAAAGAUUUAGUGCUGAAUGAUAUGACUCAUAAAACUUUGAAAAGAGAAGCAUCAGAAAUUCAUGAUAUCUUGAAAUCUCUACUGGAAGCUGUCUAUUAGCAAAGGGGACUCAUUGUAAAAAGCUCUUACACAUAGAAUAAAUUUGAUAUGGAAUUCAUCAAGGAUUUAGCUGAUCUUGAGUCAGAAGUCAUAACUAUUAGAGACCUUCAAAAAAUAAAAAGAAGACUCUUAGAACUUUAGUCUAUUGUAAUUAUACCCAAAGAUUAAUAAAACUAAAAGUUACUUGAAGAUCCAGAAGCCCAAAUUCUUGAGACUAAAGUAAACAAAAGACACAGUGUAAAACAAACAAAGAAACCAAGUAUUAAAAAUUUUAGCUAGCUUAAAUAAUGA